CAGCGGAAGCGGCAGCCAGCGGCUCUCACCCGGCUCUCGGCCGGCCGGUUCACUUCCGGGCCGGCGCGUUCCGGCCCGGCUGGGCGCACGGAGGCCGCGCCGCCGGGGCCCGGGCUUUUGCUGCCCGGAACCGGGCCUCGGACCGUUGCGGAGGAGAUCGGAGCCCAGCGAGGAUUCCUUCCUUAUCGCCCGCACCUCCAGCUCCCUUCUACCCGCCGCUCGUCCAUGGCCCCCGGGUGACCUCGGAGGCCAGGCUGGGAGGCUGCCAUCCCGACCGCCCUCGCGGGGCGGGCGCCCGGUCUCCAUGGUAACGGCCCGGCCGGCGACGCGGCCUCGGGGGAAGAUGCGGCCUGCGGGGCUCGCGGCCUCCCCGGCCUCCCGAGCCUCCCCGCCCGGCCGGGACCACUGAGGACGCGGGUCCCGGCCGCGGGCCCCGGGCAGCGGGCAGCAGUGAGACCCCCCCUCUUGGGCUGGAGACACAGAUGGCCUCAAAUGAGAGAGAUGCUAUAUCAUGGUAUCAGAAGAAGAUUGGAGCAUACGAUCAGCAGAUAUGGGAAAAGUCAGUUGAACAGACUCAGAUUAAGGGCUUCAAAAACAAACCAAAAAAGAUGGGCCACAUCAAACCAGACUUGAUUGACGUUGACUUAAUCAGAGGCUCCACGUUUGCCAAGGCCAAGCCCGAGGUUCCCUGGACAUCUCUGACACGGAAGGGCCUCGUGCGCGUGGUUUUCUUCCCGCUGUUCAGCAGCUGGUGGAUUCAGGUCACCUCUCGAAGAAUCUUCGCGUGGCUGCUCCUGCUGUACCUCAUGCAAGUGGCCGCAGUGGUCUUGUACCUCAUGAUGCCCAUCGUGAACGUGAGCGAGGUGCUGGGGCCCUUGUGCCUCAUGCUGCUCAUGGGGACGGUCCACUGCCAGAUCGUGUCUGCCCGCGUCGCACGGCCCCCGGGGAGCAACGGCAGCCGCCGGCGGAGAAAAUUACGCAAAGCUCUUAAUGGAGAUGGGAGCCGAGAGCUUGGCAGCACCGCGGCGGACAGGACCGGCGCGGCCGAGGCGCCCGGCGCGGCCGGCUUCUGGGGGACGCUCUUCGGGACCAGGGUGCGGAGGGUCAGGCUGCCGCCCCACCAGGAGCCCGAGACCGACAACGACUCCGCCUACGCCCGCCACUCGGGGAAGAAGAAGCCGGGGCGGCCCGAGGGUAGGCCGUGGUCGGCGCGGGACAAGGCCAAGCUGUCCGACGGGGAGAAGAGCCGCAGGGAGGCCCUGCGGCGCCGGGGCCACGGCGCGUCGGACGAGCCUUCGAGCGACGAGGAGGGCGAGGCGCGCACGCAGAUGAUCCUGCUGCGCCGGAGCGUGGAGGGCGCCUCCAGCGACAACGGCGACGGGAGGAGCAGGCGGUCCAUCCUGGCCGGCCCCCCGAGCCCCCAGGUAAAGAAAACCACGAUGAGGUGGUGUCGCCUCGUGCGGGACUCGGACAGCCUGGCCGAGUCAGAAUUCGAAUCGACAGCCUUCAGCCAGGGCGGCAGGCCUGGCGCGGCCGGUGGCCCCCGAAGCCUGCGCCCGUCGAGGCGGGACUCGGAGAGCCCGCGGCAGGACUCGGAGACGGAGGACAUGCUGUGGGACGACCUCCUGCACGGCCCCGAGUGCCGCUCCUCCGGCACCAGCGACAGCGAGGCCGCGCCCGCCGCCCUGCGCCCCGGCGCCAAGCGCGACCCCAAGGAGGACGUGUUCCAGCAGAACCACCUAUUUUGGCUUCAGAACUCAAGCCCUGCCUCUGAUCGGGUUAGUGCCAUCAUCUGGGAAGGCAGUGAGUGCAAGAAGAUGGACAUGUCUGUGCUGGAGAUAAGUGGCAUCAUCAUGAGCAGGGUGAAUGCGUGCCAGCAAGGCGGGGGCUACCAGAUGCUGGGGAAUGCCGUCACCGCGGGGCUCACCCUCUUCCCCUUUCUUUACCGCCUUUUCCAUGAGAAGAGCCUGGACCAGAUCAAGUCCAUCUCGGCAGAGGAGGUCCUGGCGCUCUUCUGUGGGGCACCACCCGUUAUGCCUGUUAUCAUUUUGUCUAUUAUUAACUUUUUUGAAAGACUGUGUCUUACUUGGAUGUUUUUCUUCAUGAUGUGUGUGGCAGAGAGAACGUAUAAGCAGAGAUUUUUAUUUGCAAAACUCUUCAGCCAUAUUACGUCAGCCAGGAAAGCUAGGAAAUACGAAAUACCUCAUUUCAGACUUAAGAAGGUGGAGAACAUCAAGAUCUGGCUAUCGCUGCGCUCCUUCCUGAAGAGGCGAGGCCCCCAGCGCUCCGUGGAUGUGGUGGUGUCGUCCGUGUUCCUGUUGACGCUCUCCAUUGCUUUCAUCUGCUGUGCCCAGGUUCUCCAAGGACAUAAAACUUUCCUGAAUGAUGCUUACAACUGGGAGUUCCUGGUCUGGGAAACAGCCUUGCUGCUCUUCUUACUGCGCCUGGCCUCCCUGGGGUCUGAAACCAAUAAGAAAUACAGCAAUGUUUCAAUAUUACUCACUGAGCAGAUUAAUUUAUAUCUUAAGAUGGAAAAAAAGCCAAAUAAAAAAGACCAGCUCACUCUUGUAAACAAUGUACUAAAGCUGUCUACCAAGUUGCUGAAAGAGCUGGACACCCCCUUUAGACUCUAUGGGCUGACCAUGAACCCCUUGAUCUACAACAUCACCAGAGUGGUGAUCCUCUCUGCCGUCUCAGGAGUCAUAAGUGAUCUUCUAGGGUUUAAUAUCAGGCUGUGGAAAAUUAAGUCCUAAGUUGAGUCAUGUCCCCGGACCCCUGCAUGGCGUGUGUUCACCCACUGAGGAGAGAUGGCUGCUCUGGGCCCUGCAAAGCUCGUGGGGCCCAGGCAGAGGCCAAUGUCAUGUCCACCUGUGAGCCUCCUUGCCUCCGCCAUGUGCAUCAGCAGCGGAUGACAGACGCAGUCAGUGACACGGUGUUCGAGGCUGGGAAAUCCACUCCAGGCACUUGAGAACUGAGCUGCGUUUACUGGAAAGCCUUUUGGGUAACUAUGCUUUAUGCCCAAAGCUCAAAGCAAGUACCCUGCUGGAAAAGUGUACACUCCACACUUCUUAUGCUAGUCUAUGGAAACGGGCAUUUCUCUAUCAGAGGGAGAUCGAUCAAGCUAUUUUAUAGGUCAAAUCCAAAUAAAAGAAAUUUACUGGA